AUGAACACCAUUUCCGGCCUUGUAGUUACCACAUGUUGGCUAUUCGUGGCCCUAGUCAACGGCCAUACAGUCCUCUCCUACCCAGGAUGGAGAGGCAAUACCUUCAUCACGAAUGAGACAUAUCCCUUCGGGAUGCAAUGGAUAUACCCGUGUGGCGGCCUCGGCGUGACGCAAAACAGAACGUACUGGCCGAUCAGUGGCGGCGCUCUCGCCGUCCAACCGGGCUGGAACUCGGGACACAAGACGGCACUCAUGUAUGUCAACCUCGGCCUCGGCGAGUCGCCGAAGAACUACUCUAUGGUUAUGGUGCCCCGGUUCCAGCUGACGGGGCCCUCGAACCAAGAGUACGAGGGAACGUUCUGCCUGCCAAAGGUGCCGCUGCCGGCAGGUGUGACGCCCAAGGAAGGAGACUUAGCGUCGAUUCAGGUCGUGGAGGCUGCACAGCAUGGUGCGGCGUUAUUCAGUUGCAUCGAUAUCAUCUUUACGGAAGACGUAUCAAAGGUUACCCCGGUGACGGAGGACAACUGCUUCAACUCGACGAACCUCAAGGGUGAAGCGGCGACGCUUGAGACGAAUUCUUCGCCCAUUACCAAUCCUUCGGCUCCGGCGACGACGACUACUGCUUCUCCGAGCGUGUCUCCGACCAGUGGAGCUCCUCAGUUGGCGUCAAGCUUGAUUGUUAUCUUGAGCUUAUUUUUGCUUGUUUGA